AUGCAGGUUUGGUGUCAGCAGAGCCCGGUGCUGGCAGGCAGCGCCUCUUUGGCCGCCCUGGGAGCACUGGUCCUGUACUUCGCGGAGCCAGCGGGCUACGGGAAGUACUUGGAAAGCCUGAUGCCGGUGGGUACCCGUCUGCCGGCCCGUGCUGCCUGGUUCCUGCAGGAACUGCCCUCCUUCGUGGUGCCCGCGGGGAUCCUCGCCCGGCAGCCUUGCACUCUCUUCGGCACUCCUGGGACCGUGCUUCUGGGCCUCUUCUGCGCACAUUACUUCCACAGGACAUUCAUUUACUCAUUGCUCACUAGAGGGAGGCCUUUUCCAGUUGUAUUCCUUUUCAGAGGCUUUAUCUUCUGCUUGGGAAAUGGAUUCCUUCAAGGCUACUAUCUGAUUUACUGUGCUGAAUACCCAUAUGAGUGGUACACAGAUAUGCGGUUUAGCUUGGGUGUUUCCUUAUUUAUUUUGGGAAUGGGAAUCAACAUUCAUAGUGAUUGUAUACUGCGCCAGCUCAGGAAGCCUGGAGAAACCACCUAUAGGAUUCCACAAGGUGGAUUGUUUACAUAUGUCUCUGGAGCCAAUUUCCUGGGUGAGAUUACUGAAUGGUUUGGCUAUGCCCUGGCUACUUGGUCCCUCCCAGGACUUGCAUUUGCAUUUUUCUCAUUCUGCUUCCUUGGGCUACGAGCUUUUCACCACCACAGGUUCUACCUCAAGAUGUUUGAGGACUACCCCAAAUCUCGUAAAGCCCUAAUCCCAUUCAUCUUUUAA